GUCUAUCUCGCCGGCGAUUCGACCAUGAGCCACUACGCAGCUAGCUCUGCCAUUCAAGGCUGGGGAGAUUGGCUGCCAUACUCGCUCUCUCUUUCCUUAGUGAACAAAGCCAUCGGAGGCCGCUCAGCCCGUUCUUUCACAGUUGAAAACCGCUUCGCUGAGAUAUCCAAACUCGUCCAACCCGGCGACUUUGUCGUCAUCGAAUUCGGGCACAACGACGGCGGUUCUCCAAAGUCGAAUGACAACGGGCGUUCCGAUUGCCCCGGCACCGGGACCGUGACGUGCACUCUUACGAACGGGACGGUGGUCAAAACCUUCGAUGCUUAUAUGUCCGAAGCGGCGGAGAUGUUUGUGAAGCUGGGUGCUUAUGUGGUUAUUUCUAGCCAGACUCCGAAUAAUCCUUGGGAGGGAGGGAACUUUAGUUAUGUACCGGGAAGAUUUGUUAGCGGUGCUGCGCUGGCAGUGAAAAAUGUGGGGAGUGUGAAUGUUACUCUUGUGGAUCAUGGGCAGUACGUUGCGAAUGCGUUUAAGGCGUUGGGGAAGGAGGCUGUGGAUGCGAUGUAUCCGAACGACCAUACGCAUACGAAUGCGGCGGGGGCGGAUGUUGUGAGCAAGGCGUUUGUGAAGAGUCUUGUUUGCGGGCUCAUAUUAAGGCGGCAGCUGCUC